UGCCACGGCACGAGAUAGCCUGACCCCUGUUCUACCAACCAAGUACUGUUGUCGACAGCCUAGAAUUCCUUGAAUUCACAAAACCCUCCCGGCUCAGAUCGUCAUGGAUGAGAUGUGGACGGCUGGCAAUAUGAGUUCCUCUCCUUACGUCACCAGUGACUCAGCUGUGAUUGUUUGCGAGGAGGGAAUAGGAUCUUAUGCUUGUUGUUGACAGCCUCCAUAUCUAACCCGUGCAAUAAAGUAUUAGUAUUAGACUCGGUGAUUACAGGCUAACACAACAACUCACCAUGGUCAAGGUAGCAGAGAACAGAGUCAUUGAUCUCGACCUACUACCAGGCAAUCCCAAAGGCGAGCAGAUCGCCGAACAAACAAAAGCUGCUAUCGCUGGCAAAGUCCCCCAAGACCAGGCUGAAGGAGUCUCGUCAAACGCUCAAAGCGCCGUUACUGCUCUCGGCGGCACGCUUGGAGGCGGCGUCAAAGGAGUUGUUGACACCGUCGGAAACACGGUUGGUGCACUCGGUGAAGGUGUGACCGGAACAGUCCAAGGCGUAGGCGACGGUGUUGGGAGCACAGUACAGUUUGCAGGAGGUGCCCUAGGUGCAGGUGCUGGCAAAAUCGGCGGGAUGUUUUCAGGCAACAAAGGAAGCGAAGAGGCGAUGCAAGCCCAUAAGGACAGAUUGCAAGAAGCGACUGACGACUCGAAGGAAAUCACCUCGGACUUGCAUGACACGGUUGGAAAACACAGUCAGGAUGCCACAACUGCUGCAAAGGAUGCAGCUCAAGCCACCAGUGAGAAGACCAGUGAAUUGGCAGAAGAUGGCAAGGACAAGAUAUCAGGAGUCUCAUCGUCCUCCUCAUAAUCUGAACUCGGCACAUUUGGAUUGAGAUUGAGCUGCUUCUCGCCCAGCUUUUGACGACAUGUGUACGAGAUGUAUGUAUUUGUUUGGCUUCACACAACCACUUAUAGUUCUUCCGCGUCGAAUACCUUCUUUCCGUCAAACCAUGUCUGAAGCACUUUGGCUUGCAGCAAUGUCUCUGGCGCCCACUGCAUGUCCAGCACAACGAAAUCUGCCUUCAUUCCGGGGGCCAAUCUGCCAGUGAUGGUAUCCAUGAAACAAGAAUAUGCCGCACCGUAGGUGGCUGCUGAAAAGGCACUCAACAAGGGCAAGGCAAAGUGCCGAUUGACCACCUCAGUUGACUCCGGUUCCCUCGCUGACC